GGCGUGUGUGUGUCUGUGUGUGUGUGAGGAGGAGACGCGCCUGUCUGAGCAUCAUCUGGUAGCUGUUCCAAGCUACUCCUGCACGGCGAUGAUACACAAGCGAUUCUUUUCAUCUGUGUGUGAAAAGCUGAAGCUUCGAGGAUGAUGAUGACGAUGACGAAGAUGCCAUUUCCAGUCCGGCUCUGAUAGAGACAACGAGGCGCGCAGCACGUGACUGGACCCCUAGAAAAUCUAGCUCUCUCUCACCUCUCCUCACCUCUCCUCCGCUUCUGCACCUUUCUCCCCCCUCCAUACUUUCUAUCUCUCACCCCUCUCCUCCUCCUCCCUCCUCCUCCACCACCACCACCCCUGGAGCCGCUUUUUUUUUAUUCUGAUCAGUUGAUAAUCCAUCUGUGAUUCAGAUAGCCACCCACUCCCCCCCCUCCACCCUCAUCCUCUGCUUUAUUCAGCCUUACAUCCUCUUAAUAAACAUUCCCCCUCAUUACACACUCACUCGCAAAAGCAUCCACACCACCUCCACCUCCAGCCACCAUGGAGACGACCAAGCUGCCUCCGUCCAGCCCGUCCUCGCCGACCACCAGCUUCUCGGUGCCGUCCGCGGAGAAGGUGGAUGGCUUCCCGCGAAGGUCCAUGCGCAGGGCCCGACAGAGGAGGUCCCACAGCUCCUCUCAGUUCCGCUACCAGAGCUCCCAGGUGGAGCUCACCCCGCUGCCCCUGCUCAAAGACGCCCCGGUGGCAGAGCUGCACGACCUGUUCUGUAAGAAGCUGCAGCAGUGCUGCGUGCUGUUUGAUUUCCUGGACUGCGUGGCUGACCUGAAAGGGAAGGAGAUCAAACGUGCGGCGCUCAACGAACUGGUGGAGAGCGUGGCCACGAGCAGAGGAGUCCUCAUAGAGCCUCUCUACCCGGAGGCUAUAAAGAUGAUCUCGGUAAAUAUCUUCAGGACUCUCCCACCCAGCGAGAAUCCAGAGUUUGACCCUGAGGAAGAUGAGCCGACACUGGAAGCCUCCUGGCCACACCUGCAGCUGGUGUAUGAGUUCUUUCUGCGUUUCCUGGAGAGCCCGGACUUCCAGCCCUCCAUGGCCAAACGCUACGUGGACCAGAAGUUUGUCUUGCAGCUCCUGGAGUUGUUUGACAGCGAGGACCCGAGGGAGAGGGAGUACCUAAAGACCAUCCUGCACCGCGUCUACGGAAAACUGCUGGGCCUCAGAGCCUACAUCCGCAAACAGAUCAACAACAUCUUCCUCAGGUUCAUAUAUGAAACUGAGCACUUCAAUGGAGUUGCGGAACUGUUGGAAAUCCUCGGCAGCAUCAUAAACGGCUUCGCCCUGCCGCUGAAGUCUGAACAUAAGCAGUUCCUGGUUCGGGUCCUCAUCCCGCUACACACGGCAAAGUCCCUUUCCAUCUUCCACGCGCAGCUGGCCUACUGUGUGGUGCAGUUUAUGGAGAAAGAUGCCACAGUCACUGAAUAUAUCAUCAGAGGGCUGCUCAAGUACUGGCCUAAAACCUGCACGCAGAAAGAGGUGAGACCGAUGACGACAAAAAAGCUGUUGAUGUUUCUUUCUCCUCAACUGUUUGUGUGUGUGUGUGUGUGUGUGUGUGUGUGUGUGUGUGUGUGUGUGUGUGUGUGUGUGUUUUAGGUAGCGGAGCGGGCUCUUUACUUCUGGAACAAUGAAUACAUCCUCAGUCUGAUUGAGGAAAACUGUCAAGUCAUCCUUCCACUGGUGUUCGCUACCCUCUACAGAGUCUCCAAGGAGCACUGGAACCAGACCAUCGUGUCUCUGAUUUACAACGUGCUGAAGACCUUCAUGGAGAUGAACAGCAAACUCUUUGAUGACCUCACUGCCUCCUACAAAGUGGAGAAACAGAAGGAGCUGAAGCGAGAACGGGAGCGUGCCGAGCUCUGGCGAGGCCUGGAGGAGUACCAGGAGCGCCGGAUGCAGAUGCUCACGGAGGCCGCCAGGAACCAGCGCAACCUCCAGGAGCGAGGCGAGAGAGGGGACACGCUUAACCCUUCCUCCCCGCAGACAGCUCACUCCGACCAGCCCGAGCCCAAGCCCAGCGGGGCCUCUUCUGGAGCCGGGGAGAGCGCCACCUAGGUGUCACUCCAUUAGCUCAAAUGGGGGGGAGGGGAGGGUUAGGGGACAGGGAGAAAGCAGGAAGAUGACGGUAAAAGUGUUGGGAGACAGAAAAAGGUACAAAACAAGUCCACUGUUUUUUUUCUCUGUCGUCUUGUGUCACGGAGGUGGUUGCUUUUUGUAAAAAGGCGC